UGACCUACUAUUCAUCACCCUUGCAAACGCCUUUUCUUCCGUAUUCCGCUUUAAGGCCUCGGAUCCAGAGCUUGUGCGGUGAACAUUUUGAGACACAGUUGAUGGCACGUACAAAUGCAUUACAAUCACCAGAUAAGUCUGGAAAGUCAAUCUUAACUGCCAACAUGAGGUCUCCAUUUCCUAUUUCUCAGCAACAAAGCUCAGAGUGCUUGAAUGGGCACGUUGCCAUUCUUUGGGAUAUAGAGAACUGUCCGGUUCCUAGUGAUGUUCGGCCAGAAGAUGUGGCGGGAAACAUAAGAAUGGCCUUGCACGUUCAUCCCAUGAUAAGCGGAGCUGUCAGAAUGUUUUCUGCUUAUGGAGAUUUCAAUGCGUUCACUAGACGAUUGAGGGAGGGUUGUCAGAGAACAGGGGUUAAACUUAUAGAUGUUCCUAAUGGGAGGAAAGAUGCUGCUGACAAGGCUAUCCUUGUUGACAUGUUUCUUUUUGCACUUGACAACCCCCCUCCCUCUACAAUCAUGCUUAUUUCUGGCGACGUGGAUUUCGCUCAGGCACUUCACAUUCUUGGUCAACGUGGGUAUACUGUAAUUCUUGUCAUUCCUUCUGGUGUGGGUGUUUCGUCAGCUCUCUGUAAUGCAGGAAGGCUUGUUUGGGAUUGGCAGAGAGUAGUCCGUGGUCUUAUGGGAUGUUCUAUUAAUCUUAACUCAAAUUGUCAAAACGAGGAAGAGGCCAUUGUGUAUAGAGGCAUCUCCCAGAGCUAUAGAGACUUGUCAGUCAUUUCACAGACACAUGUGGAAUAUGGUAGUACUUCAAUUUCAGCUGGAAAGGUGUCUUCUAACUAUGAAGAGCACAAUGACUUGUCUUCGAUUCAGCCUGGGGAUCUCGAUGGUUUAAAGGGUCAGGUGGUGAAACUGCUUGAGCUAUGUGGAGGAUGUCUUCCCCUUACACGUCUCCCUCCAGAAUACCAGAAACUUUACUGCAGGCCUCUUUUUGCGUCCAAUUAUGGAGCACUCAAACUUGUUAACCUUCUGAAGAAGUUUAGUGAUGCCUUGGUUGUGGAGGGUAAAGGUCAAAAGAGGGUUAUCUAUCUCCGUACAGAAAGAGAUGGACCAACUCCUCCCCAUAUCCCGCCGAAGGAAACUAAGAAAAACAAAAAAGGAAAAUGUGCGGUUCAGGUGGACAACACCAAGUGUGUGUUAGGAUCUUCGGACGAGUUUUCAGACGAUGAACAAGUAAUAGUUGAAGAAAAAAAGAGAAACCCAAAGAAGUCCAGUUCAGCAUUUACUAACAGGACCCUUGAGCAAUUCAAGUAUGAGCUCCAAGAGAUUCUAGUAAGCUAUUCAUGUAGAAUUUUCCUUGGAUGUUUUGAGGCAAUAUAUCAGCAACGAUACAAGAGAUCACUGGAUUACAAGAGUUUGGGUGUGAAUGAGCUGGAAGAACUGCUAGAUAAGGUAAAUGAUGUGGUGGAUGUGCAUGAGGAAACAGUUAGCAAAAGAAAGUUUCUCUCUGCUAUAGGUGGCUAGAAAGGGGUUAAUGUAUUUAUUUAAGAGUCUGUACAAGAGCUAUGCUGAUUCUACAUUAUUCUUCACCUGCUUUGUUGUAUUUGCUAAAUGAUUCGUGAAGUUUGGAGGAGUGAGCCCCUACGACUACAUUCGUUCAAAUGCUAUGAUUCCAUUGAAGAAUGGUCAUGGUGCUGCAGAUGCUGACAGCUAAGUCAUGCUGCAGUUGCUUUCACUUGAGUUUGUGUUCAUAUCAGUCUUUUAAACACUUAACUUGGGGGGGGGGGGGGGGAGGGGGAGAGAUGUGAUUGGGUGCAUUACCGCCACCCUUUAAGACGACUGGGUACGGGGGGUGUCCUUUAUGAUUCUUAAGAGAAAGAUUUGAUUGUUUAUGGUGGUGGUACCAUGACUUUGUUAUUGACAACACUUAUAUGCAUGUUUGACAUUUAGAACAAGUUGUUGUGAAGUAUUACUUAUUAGAACAAGAGGUGUUUUACUGUGUACUCGAAGUCCUUUGCACAUUUCAAAUAUAGUGGAAACAAGAUCCAUUUCUUAAUUAUCUAUCAUUCACUCAUGGAGGAAACUGGCGCUUUGAAUCCCCC